CUAAUAUUCUGUCAUUUCCAACCUAAAGCUUGUUCGUGUCUGCUGUGUUCAAACAAGUUCCGCGCGUUCCACGUGUUUCUGAGUCGAAAACGUGGGAAACACACAUUUCGCAAAAUGGCAAACGAUUUGGAACAGAAAAUCAUUACGCAAUUGGAAUACUACUUUGGGGACAUCAAUUUGCCACGCGACAAAUUCUUGAAGGAAACAAUCGAGAAAGCCGAAGGCGGUUGGGUUUCGUUGGACGUGCUUCUAACCUUCAAACGCCUUGCCGACUUAUCAAAAGACAAGGGAACAAUUGUGGAAGCAAUCGGCAAAUCCACAACAAAACUCAUCGAAGUAAGCGAUGAUAAAGAAAAAUUGCGACGGUCAUCGGAAAAUCCCCUGCCCAAUCUCACAACUGAAGAAUACAAUGCACAAUUAUUACCCAGAUCAGUAUAUAUCAAAGGAUUUCCAAAAGCGGAAACUUUUGAUAAUAUUAUGCAGUUUAUGCGCACACAUGGCACAAUUGAUUCUUUAAACAUGAGACACUAUAAAGACAAAGCCACUAACAGCAACAUGUUCAAGGGAUCAGUUAAUGUCAUAUUCAAGAAUGAAGAUGACUGCAAGAAGUUCCUUGCUCUUGACUGUGUAAAAUACAAUGAUAAUGUAUUACAGACAAUGUCACAGGAAGCAUUUGUGACUGAAAAGAAAGCUGAGUUUGAAGCACGCAAAGAGAAGAAAAACAAGAAAACUCACAAAGAUGAAAAAGUUGAAGCAAAACUUGAAUUCCCUAGCAAAUCGGUUGUUAAGCUUGCAGGCAAUACCAUUGCAGAGAAAUUGGUGUGGGAUGACAUCAAAGAGAAAGUCAAAGAUGUCUCAGGGCUUGAACUUGCUCAUGUCAAUUUCAAACCUGGACAGGUCGAGGGACAUUUGCGAUUCCGCGGCGAGAACGAAGGAGAAACGUUCUGUGGUAAGCUGACUGAUGGAGCAUUCACCGUUGGAGAGUUUGAGUUCAAGGCGAAUCUGCUCAAUGAUGAAGAAGAGAAGGAAUACUAUCAGGAAUGGAAUAAAGAGAGGUUCGCCAGGAAGCAUAAGCCCAAACAGUUCGGCAAGAAGCGAAAGGGUAACUUUAAGAAGGAUAAUUCACGGGCGAAGAAACACGCGCAUGAUUAACUGUAGUUCAAGCGUUAAACAUUUAAGUUUCAUGUUUUUGACGAGAGCAACAUAUAAUUAUUGAUUUUAAGCAAUUUGCACGAUGCUUAUAUAUUUGUAAAUGCCGAUUGAAUGGUCGAAUUAAACAACUAUUAAUGUUA